UCCCCUUUUAACCCCUCCCCCUUUUAGCCCCUCCCUCUUUUAGCCCCGCCCCCUAUUCCCCUUUAAAUCCCGGCCCGCGCUCCAUUUGAGGAGGGGUCUCCUCCUCCUCCCCUCCCCCCGCGAUGCCGCAACCGCGCCCCCCCCGCUCCUUCCUCCUCCUCCUCCUCCUCCUCCUGCUGCUGGGCCCCGCCCCCUGCCCGGCCCCGCCCCCGCCGUGCGCGCUGCGCUCGCUGCGGGUGGGGGUGGCGGAUUUGGGUCUGGGGUACGCGCCCUCGCCCGAGCCGCUCGUGUUCCGCUACUGCGGGGGGCGCUGCCCCGCGACCCCCUCGCUGCACGCGCUGGCGCUGGGGGCGCUGGGGGGCGCGGCGGAGGGGGCGGGGCGGGAUUUGGGGAGGGGGCUCGCCCCGUGCUGCCGCCCCACGCGCUACGAGGACGCCGCGUUCCUGGACUCGGCGCUGCAAUGGCAGCGGCUGCCGGGGCUGAGCGCGGGCGCGUGCGCGUGCCUCGGCUGAGACCCCUCCCCACAUCAACCCUGAGCCCCGAGACCCCUCCCCACAUUAACCCUGAGCCCCGAGACCCCUCCCCAAAUAACCCGGGACCUGAGACCCCUCCCCAGAUAACCCAAAAUCCGCCCUGAACCCCUCCCUGAGACCCCGAAACCCCCGAGACCCCUCCCCAAAUAAACCCUGAACCAUCCCCAGUUCAUCCUGCCGGGGCUGAGCGCACGUCCAUGGUUUGAGACCCUUCCCCUAAUUAACCUGGGACCCCCAAAACUCCUUGGGACCCCUCCCCUAAUUAAGCCCGAGCCCUGAGACUCCAAGACCCCUCCCCAAAUUAACCCUGAGCCAUCCCCAGUUACCCCUCCCUGCCGGGACUGAGCGCGGGGGCGUGCGCGUCCGUGGGGUGAGACCCCUCCCCACAUUAACCCGGGACCUGAGACCCCUCCCCAAAUAACCCAAAAUCCGCCCUGAACCCCUCCCUGCCGGAGCUGAGCGCGUCCAUGGGGUAAGACCCCUCCCCUAAUUUACGCGGGACCCUCAAAACCCUCCCCAAAUUUACCUGGGACCCCUAAAACCCCCAGAGACCCCUCCCCAAAUGAACCCCGGACCCCCAAAAUCCCCGGAGACCCCUCCCCAAAUUACCCUGAGCUCUAAAAAUCCGCCCUGACCCCUCCCCAAAUUAACCCUGAACCAUCCCCCGUUAAUCCUGCCGGGGCUGAGUGCGCGUCCAUGGGGUGAGACCCCUCCCCACAUUAACCCGGGACCCCCAAAACCCUCCCCAAAUUAACCCUGAACCUCUGAGACCCCCAAACCCUUCCCCAAUUUACCCUGAGACCCCCUGAAUCCUCACCCAGUUCACCCUGCCGGGGCUGAGCGCGCGUGCCUGGGUGAGACCCCUCCCCAAAUUAACCCGGGACCCCCAAAACCCCCGGAGACCCCUCCCCAAAUCAACCCAGGACCUCCAAAACCCUCCCCAAAUGAACCCUGAGAGCCCUGAACCCCAAACAACCCGAGACCCCUCCCCAAAUUAACCCCAAAUGACCCCUGAGACCCCCAAGACCCCCUCCCCAUUUAUUGGGGGGGGAUUUUGGGGGUCUCCCUCUGAAAAACCCCGAGACCUCCCCCCAAAGCCGAGUGUUCAUUGAGGGGGGGUCUCGGUUUAUUUUGGGUCUGGGGGCUCCCGGGGGUCUUCAAUAAACGCUGGGAGGU